GGAGGAGCGAGGACGAUGAUGCGGACGACGCAGCGCAUGCGGAGGUGGCUGCGGACGACCAUGACGUCGCGCCGCGCCAAGAGCUUCUUUCCGGCAGCCAUGACGUGGCGCCGCAGCGUCCUCUCCAUUGCGCUCUACCUCACGCUUGCGUUCUAUGCCAGCAGCGCGAGCGACGGCGCCCAAGGCCGCCAGCUUUUGCAGCGCUUGGGCCAGUCGUGCGACGUUGACGACGAGUGCCAGAUUCUAGGCCGUCGCUUUGGCUGCGUUGAACAUGCCUGCGUGGAGCAAGGUCUCUUUCCGCUGCAGACCACCGACCUCUAUGGCACGAUUGGCGCCUUCCUCUGCGUCAUCGUGUCGUCCGGCGGCGGCCUUGGCGGCGGCGGUCUUCUCGUGCCGCUCUACAUCAUCGUACUGGGCAUGACGUCACACGACGCGAUUCCGCUCUCCAAGGCCACGAUCUUUGGCAGCGCGAUCGCUAGCAUGCUCCUCAACUCGCGCAAGACGCACCCGCUCGACCCCGACCGACAACUCAUCGAUUACGAAGUUGUCGUGAUGAUGGAGCCGAUGACACUGGCGGGCACGAUCCUUGGCGUGCACAUGAACAAGAUGUGCCCCGAGUGGCUCAUCACAGUCCUUCUCGUCUGGCUCCUCUCCAGCACGAGUCUGCGCAUGAUCACGAAGGGCAAGUCGGUCUGGAAGGCCGAGGCCGCAAAAGAGAAGGCACUUCUGACGUCGAUCGUCAGGCAUUGGGCGUCGCUGGUCGCGGCGCGCCGCUUUGGCGCCGUCGUCGUCGUUGCUGCUCGCAAAUGGCGUGGGCUCAAAGCACUCAAGGCACUCCAAGCGGAGGUCACAGCUGUUGCCUUGGUCAUCCAAGAUGCCCCGAUCAAGACCAACCUCCAGGAAGCCGACGAAGCGACGACAGCUUCGUCCGACGACGACGACGACACUGUCAAUGACGCGUACGAUGACGACCACGCGUCACUGCUCGGACGCAGCGCGACAACCAGUAACAAAGCGCACUUGUCGCGCUCGCGUUUGCUCGCAUUUCGGAAAUUUGUGCCGUGGGGUGACCUGACCAUCCUCUUCUUCGCAUGGUUUGGUCUGCUCCUCUUCUCGAUGCUCAAGGGCGGUCAUGGCGCGCCCAGCGUCAUCGGCCUCGAUUGCGGCAGCGCUGCGUACUGGCUGCUCACGGCGCUCUCGCUGCCCUUCUUUGUCGGCGUCACGGCCAUCUUUGGUAUCAAGAUCGCAGCUCGGCACGAAGCGCUGCAGUCGUUUGGCUACAAGUACGUCGAAGGCGACAUUGUGUGGACGAAGCGCACCACCGUGCUGUACCCGGCGCUGUGCACGAUCGCAGGCGUCGCCGCCGGCCUCCUUGGCAUAGGCGGCGGCAUGGUCAAAGGACCGCUCUUGCUCGAGAUUGGACUCCACCCGCAAGUCGCGUCCGCCUCGUCGUCGACCAUGAUUCUCUUCACGUCGUCGGCCACGACGCUGCAGUUUAUUGUGCUCGGAAUGCUGCCGUACGAGCGUGCACUCUGGUACGGCAUCGUCGGCUUUGCUGGCGGCGUCGUGGGCCAACUCGGGCUCAGCUACCUCAUCAAAAAGUACCGCAAGACGGCUUUUGUACUCUUUAUGGUCGCCGCCGUGAUCGCAGUGAGUGGCGCCGUCAUGGGCGUCCUCGGUCUCCGCGGCGUCCUUCUUCAUGGCUUUACCGGGUUUCAUUCGCUUUGUCAAGCGUAAACAAUCAAUGGUCGAGAAGACCGGAAUACGGUAGUAAU